CAGCCUGCCUGCGCGCGCCUUUGUAAUCCAGGGUUAAGGCGACGAACAAAACGCCUCGCAGCGCCGCUUCCGGCCACUGUGCCGCGCCGCGCGCGCAGCAGACACCGCGAAAGGAAGCGGGGGAAACGCCGCGCGAUCUUUUUUUUUUUCUCGUCGCCGGCUGUUUGCCCGUUGUCUCGGCGGCGGUGUGUCGCCGAUGCAUCGGAAACAUCUGGUGCUCUGCCCGGCCGUUGGGGCUCCGAGCAAAGAGGCAAAGUAAUGCGGCAGUUCUCCUCCUUUUUCCGCGCGGCGCGCGCCUCGCCCGGUGCCAAACGGCGCGCUCUUUCGGUCGUUGUCGUCGCCCUGCCCGGGCUUCGGUGGCCGCCGUGGCUGGGAGACUUGGUUGUGCGGCGGUGUGGGACAGCGUGUUCCGGCGGAAGGGACCAUCAGUAUAUUUCAUUAAGGAAAAGAGAAAAGAGUCUUCAUGAGAGAAAUUUAGCAAUCUAUGAAGGGAGGCCAGAGUUCGGCCUUUCAGGCCGGACGGCGCCCUCGGCGGCGUCCAUGAGCCGGGUGACGCCAGCAGCGGCCCGUUCCUUGGCCGUGCGGAGCAGCGAUGAUGUGGAAAAUCGAGUAGCCAUACCCAGGGCGAAUAAUUUAGAAAAACGACACCGGAGAACGGAUGGCACGUGGUGCAACGCGGAGGACGCUGCAUUGAGGACAGCCGGACUCGAGGAGGAGGAAAGCCGAAGUUCUACAACGACAUCCGAAAAGGCCCAGGUAUUG